CGGAGCUACGCUCGGAAGUCCGACGAUCGUCUUCACAUGUUCAACGAUUGCUUCGCGUGCUAAUUGAAAGUAAAAGUUAAUUUGAACUUUUCUCAACACAUUUUCAACUACAAGAGUCGACUGUCUAAUUUCCUGUUUGAAGACAUCACAAAAAAAACGAUGACGGCAACUGGAGAAGUCGGGGGCAGCGAUGAGCUGAAUGUGACGACGGUUAAUACUCAUCCCGUGCCGGAUAUCCGCACGUCACCCAUGCCCAAUGGCAAUCACAAGACCGUCGUCGAUAGCCAGCCGAAGCGACGCGUCAGCAUUAUCUCCGAUGCCCCGAUGAAUGUGGGCGCCGCAGGUUACGAUAAUCUCGCAUUUGAGCAAAAUCCCAGACGUAAAAUAUCCCAGACCUCGACACAUUCGCACACCGAUAUUGGGCCAGCGAGGAGGCGAAGCAUUCUAAAGGAAACACCACUGCACGAUAAUGAAAGCGAUCGAGGAUCUAUGCAUAGCCUUGAUAACUAUAGACAGGGCGUUAUAGACGGGCUAAAUGGCAAGUACCAAGGACACCAGCAGCCCGGUUCACACGAUAGCACAAACUAUGUGGAGCAAUCGUGGAUGUAUUCGUUCUGCUUAAAAUGCCGCGGCGAGGAACCAACUGAGUCUUGGGAGCCGCCUUUCUGGCAAAAGGUCUUCCCUUAUCCACUUUGUCCCACCUUCAGGACAUUCUCGCGUCUCAUUGUGCUUAUUCUCAUCGGCAUACUCCUCUGGAUUGUGGCGUUUGUGAUUAUUGGCGAUACAGCUGCUCCUGGCGGGCAACUCUUUAGUCUUGUUGUGCUCACGGUGGCAGCCAACUUCGGAGGCUACAUUAUAUCCCUGACUACGUUACCACGUCUCAUUGGCAUGCUGCUCGUUGGCAUACUCUUCCAAAAUGUUGGCUGGGUAGAUCUCGAUGGCGACUUCUCCAAAGUGACGGGACAUUUGCGCAAAUUCGCGCUGACCAUUAUCCUCACUCGAGCUGGCCUCGAAAUGGAGCCGGAAGCCUUUAAGAAGGUGUACAAGACCAUUCUCAAGCUGGGCAUUGUGCCAUGGAUUGUUGAGGCAGCUGUCAUGACAAUCAUGUCCCACUAUCUACUCGAUCUGCCUUGGAUCUGGGGCUGCCUUCUGGGUGCCAUUAUCGCCGCCAUUUCACCGGCUGUCGUUGUGCCAUGUCUCUUCCGUCUGCGCACCAAAGGAUACGGCGUUGCCAAAGGAAUUCCCACUCUUGUGGUCGCCGUGGCUGGAGUGGAUGAUGCUCUCUCUGUGGCCAUCUUUGGCAUUGUGAGCACUAUCAUGUUCUCGGACAAGGGAUUGGGCUAUCAGAUUGCCCAGGCACCUGUGUGCAUCCUGGGAGGUCUAGCCUUCGGCGUCAUUUGGGGCUCCUUGGCACGCAUCUUUCCCGAGAAGGGUGACGCUUAUGUGGUGCCCUUGCGUACUCUCAUGCUCUUCGCCGGCAAUCUGGUGGCCAUCUAUGGCAGCGAAGAGCUCGGCUUUGAAGGCGCCGGACCGUUGGCUGUCGUCUUUUCAUCGUUCGUAUCGAAUCUGUUCUGGUGCAAGGAUGGCUGGGAUGUCGAUGACAAUCCUGUGUCCACUGCCUUUGAAAUCUUCUGGAUGAUCUUUGAGCCCAUUCUGUUUGGUCUGACUGGUGCUACGAUCAAGAUCAGCGAGCUGGACUCGCACACAGUCUCCAUAGGCGCUGCCUGCAUCUUCACAGGCGUCAUCAUACGCAUCUUUAUCACGGCUGGCAUCGCAUUUGGUGAUCGCCUCAAUACCAAGGAGAAAUUCUUUGUGGGUCUCUCGUGGAUGGCCAAGGCAACGGUUCAAGCUGCGCUGGGACCUGUGGCACUAAAGAAUCUUGGUGAGAAUGCUACAGACGAAGAGCGCAACUGGGCCGAAAUUGUGCAGACAAUUUGCGUAUUCAGCAUUGUGCUGACAGCUCCAUUGGGUGCCAUUCUAAUCUCUGUGACGGGCACCCGGAUGUUGACAAAGACGAAGCAGCCACAAGUAUUGACCGGCUGGCGACGCAGUCAUCGUCCUUCCAUUCGCGACAUUAGCAUUAUCGAUGAGGAGGAGGAACGCGAGGAUCCCGAAGUGCCUACGGAUAAGGAGACUCACGAUAAUACCCAGAAUAAUGCGCAUUUAACAAACUUAUCAUACACCGCAAGUAAGUAAAACCCCUCUUGUUUGGGUUUUCAUUGCACCAAACUCCAGUUUUUUGUUGGAUUAAGAUAUAAUGUUGAUUGUUAUAUUACGUACUUACUACAUACUAAACAUAUAUGGAUUUCCAUUCCAAAUAAAUAUUAAGUUAAAAAUAA